AUGACUUCUUCUCCUCUUCUCUUUCGCGACUCAGCGGCGGCGCCCAACUCGAUCUUCCUAUUUGUUUUCCAUGAUGAUUUCGCCACCAGCGAUCAACACAGCAUAACUGUGUCAUCUCCGUUGUCGCUUCUUCUCCGAACUUCGUUUCGGUUCCAAACCCUAGCAUACGAUAAACGGAAUCGCAACACCAACCGAAUAGGGGAACAAAGGCCGUUGAAAAUGGAAAUUGAAGAUUGGAUCCGCGAUGAAGGUGAUGAUUGGAGAAUCAGUGAAGGUUGGAUGAUGGUGAUUAGGAUCCAGAGUUUAUUGAGUGAGCUACAGAGAGGGAAGGUUGUGGAUGAUGAUGAUGGUGCCAAGUUCUGUUUCCGCGGCAUCCUCGACGAAUCAAUCGGCGAGGGAACCCAUUUCCUCAUCCCAUGGGUUCAAAAACCCUACAUCUUCGAUAUCAAAACCCGCCCCCAUACUUUCUCAUCAAUAUCUGGCACCAAAGAUCUUCAAAUGGUUAACCUAACUCUCCGAGUCCUCUCUCGUCCCGACACCGCGAAACUCCCUGUCAUCGUUCAAAACCUCGGUCUCGAAUACGACGAGAGAGUGACGCUGCUAUAUUGA